GAAAAUCAAUUUUGUUGUUCAUUGUUGUAUACUGUUGCAUGACAACAAUAAAUCUAUUAUUGUUAUUUAAUAAACUGAAAUUGAAUGUGCUGGAUAUAAAUUUCGCUGAUUUGUAUCCUAUUGUUUUAUUAAACUCACACUCGAUAGAAGCAAAUUAAAUAGAAAGUUCAUCAAUGGAUAUAGCAGCUUCAGAAACAGAAUCUGAAAUAGCAAAGGUCAAUGAUGAACAAUCUGAAACCGUUAUUCCGUCGGAAAAUAGACCUGUAGAAGAAAUUAUAAAUCAGCCUACUGAGCAAAAUCAAACUACGAUUCUUGUGAACGAAAAAGAACAAGAAACGGAGCUAAAUGAGCAAGAAAACGAGAAAACGGAGCAAGAAAAUGAGCAACAAGAGCAAGAAAAUGAGCAACAAGAGCAUGAAAAUGAGCAACAAGAGCAAGAAAAUGAGCAACAAGAGCAAGAAAAUGAGCAACAAGAGCAAGAAAAUGAGCAACAAGAGCAAGAAAAUGAGCAACAAGAGCAAGAAAAUGAGCAACAAGAACAAGAAAAUGAGCAACAAGAGCAAGAAAAUGAGCAACAAGAGCAAGAAAAUGAGCAACAAGAACAAGAAAAUGAGCAACAAGAGCAAGAAAAUGAGCAACAAGAACAGGAAAAAGAGCAAGAAGAGCCACAGCAAGUUGAUACAAUUGAGAAUACGGAUGUAUUAUCAAAUCGCGAAUCAAUCUUAGUUACAGAUAUUGUUGGUGAAGAACUGCUGCUUGUUUUAAUAGAGAAUCAUGAAAAUUCUCUAUUGAUUUUCAUUAAUGAUAAAGAAUGUAGCCUUUCUCAGGAGGUGCUAUCGAUACUCGAGAAAUUCUCAGAAUCGAAUAUAUCAAUGGAAGUGGUUGAUGUUAGCGAAGUCACAAGUUUCACUCCAGAUUUCAAUGAAGUGUUGAAGCAAUUUACCGAAAAUGACCUUCCUUUAGUAUUCUACAAGCAAAAGUAUGUCGCCAAUUACUCUGAAAUCAUGAAUUCGAACCGUUUUGGACGUUUGGAUCUCAUCCUAGAACCGCCAAUCAGCCCUUUCUAUCACAUUGUCAUCAUAGGUAGUGGUCCAGGAGCCCAAUCUGUGAUAGCCGAACUUGAGCGGUUCGGUAAAAGCUUGAAAAUCGCUUUGGUAGAUUGGACACCUCUCAUACCUUACAACGAAGGGCGAAUCAUAGGAUUAAAACCUCAAAGGAACCUUCCUCGAAACCUGUUAUGGAACGCUAUAAGGAAAAUCCAAAACUCUCAACAUGCGAGGCAUUUAUUUGGGCAUAAACAUCAUUCCAGUUAUGAUCUUAGCGAAAUAUGGGAAGAAGCCACUUACACAAUGGACGAAGACAUUUCCCAGGCUAAUUGGAGUUUGCGGAAAAGACUUGCGCUGAUGAAGAUUGAAUUUUAUCGUGGAACAAUUGAAUUCAAUGGACCUGACAUUAUAACUGUAACAAGCAUGGACGGGUUAGACAUCUUUGACAGCUCUUCAGAAUCUUCCAGCUCUUCUAGCUCUUCGAGCUCUUCUAGCUCUUCGAGCUCUUCGAGCUCUUCGAGCUCUUCGAGUUCUUCGAGCUCUUCGAGUUCUUCGAGCUCUUCGAGUUCUUCGAGCUCUUCGAGUUCUUCGAGCUCUUCGAGUUCUUCGAGUUCUUCGAGCUCUUCGAGUUCUUCGAGUUCUUCGAGUUCUUCGAGCUCUUCGAGUUCUUCGAGCUCUUCGAGUUCUUCGAGCUCUUCGAAUUCUUCGACUUCUUCGUGCAGUUGCAGUUCUUUCAGCACUAUCACAUUCAGUUGCAGCAGUACCAGCAGCAGCAGCAGCAGCAGCAGCAGCAGCAGCAGCAGCGAUACUGACGAUGAAGAGUACCGUGAAACCCGAAUAACAAAAAUAAUUGGAAUGAAUUUUAUAAUAUGCGGUGGUUCCCUUCCUAGAAUUGUAGAAUUUCCCGGAUUCGAACUCUGUGCAACCCUCGACAAUUUUUUAUACGAGGAAGAGUGCCCUCCAACAGCACUGAUAAUCGGCAACACACCGGAAGUAUUCGAAACGGCUUAUCUGAUUGCCUCUUAUGGUGGAGCUGUCACUGUUAUGAAUAAAUGCACCCAAUGGUUAUCAAAGUACGAUCAAGAAUCCAUAGAGAAGGUAAUACAAAGCUUUAGGCACCUUCGAGUCACCUUUCUAAAAAUUUCAAGCCUUAUGUAUAUUCAGGAAACGGACGAAGGGUAUAAGGCCAAGGUGAAGCUUGAAGAUGGUAGUACUUAUAGAAAUUUUUUCUAUACCGUCAUUAUGGAUUAUACAAGGGUGCCAUUAUCAGCUCAAAUAAAUAUAGAGGAGGCCGGUGUGAAAUUGGGUCCUUUGUCACGAAAAAUUAUCGUAAAUGAAGAAUUCAGAACUGCAAAUAAAACAAUCUGGGCCUUCGGGAACAUAGCGCGAAAACAUUUGGGAACUCCGCAAUUUGAAAUACUAGCUGGAAAGCGGGUUAUCAAUUUGAUAUUAAAGGGAUUAGACGAAAUACCAAUUCCUAAGAUUUUCCCAGUAGCUCUAUUAACUCCUCUAGAAUACGGUUUUGUAGGAGAAACCGAAAAGUCGGCCAGAUUGAAAUAUAAAUCUGAAAUUACCGUCUAUGAAUCUGAUAAUCAUCUAAUUCCUUAUUCAGAAACAAAUGUCAUAGAACAAGCGUUCCAAAUAAAAAUUAUAUGCUCUGACCAUUGGUACUGCUUUCACAGAGAAAAGCUGGAACGUGUGAUAGGCAUACAUUUUCUUGGCCGAAAUGCGGGCCGCUUAAUUACUGGAUUCGCCUCCUCAUUAGAGAAGGGAAUCACCAAAAGACAGUUCAUUGAACAGGUGUCAAUAAAGGGUUCCUCAGAACUGGGAGUAUUCCAAACAGGACUGAAAUUAAAGAAUGUAUCUGAGAAAAAAACGAUUCCAUCAAGUGCAGAAUUUAUGAAAAAAAAAAAAUACUCAAAGACUAUUAUACCAUACCAUGGUACUGAAGAACACCCAUUUACCUUACAACGUAUGGGUCAGGGCAAAGAAUAUAGUGGUGAGUUUCCCCAACCAGAUGCAAAUAAGCCAAUAAAUCCCUCACCGAUUACAGGUGUAUGGACUUUGAAAUCGGGUCAAUCAAGUGCUACUAAUACAUCGAGCUCAGAUACACUAUCUUUCAACCUAAGUUAUUCGUCGUCCGAUGGUUCUUUAGAAUGUUAUGAUAUCGACCCUGAUCCCUCAUAUAUUAGCAUUGACGUCUCUGAAACAUUAAUCUCAGAAUCACGUGAAUCAUUCCAAAGUGUUCCAUGUUCUAGAAAUAGUUCAGAUGACGCUAUAUUUGAGAGAAUACACAUAGGGAAGACACUGCAAAAUCUGAGUACUACUUCAGUAUACCAGGACUUUAAUGGAGAGACGAAAUUCGACAAUUGUCCCCGAUCGCCGCCGACUUUUUCUCCUACCCCAGAUGUAACCCCAGAUGUACUUAAUUUGGAACUUUCCAUUAUAUGGUUUAUGCUCCCAUUCGUACUCGCCAACGCAUCGGAGACUCUGAAUACCGAAGAAAUAUACACUGAAGUCUCUGCCGUAGAUUCUACGGAGUCAAUUUCGUUCUUGGAAAUGAGCGCACAGUUAGGAACAAACCCGAUCGAUGCACCUUAUGAUAACCUUAGCGAUGAUGAUAGUCUAUCGAGUUUCAACAACAUGUUCCACGAUUAGAUAUUUAGAGGAGAGUACGCAAGAACAAAAUUACCAGUUUUAAAUAGAAAAACAAGUUUUUAAUAAAAUAUUAUUUUUAAAAUAUA